UGUACGGUGUGAUGGUGAAAAUAUUUAAUCGGAAAAUUCGAGGUGGCUGCCACGCCCUUGCCUGGGAAGACGCAGUUGCUGAGAACCUUCGUCUCAUAUUCUCUGCGUCAUUACAAAUCCAUGUGCUGGCUUCAGACAAUUCCUCCACUACCAUCUUUCCCAAAACCCAAAGUAUCAACAGAUUCAAGACCCCAUUUAAUUUCAUCAUUUCUUCCGCCCAGUUCCGUGAAUUCUGUCUUUGUUGUGACGAACCUGUUAGCGAGCUCAUAUCCAUGCUUGUCGCAUAGAUCCGUGGCGAUAGUAUCCGUUAUUGUGAAUCAUAGCAUUACGAGAAGCCGCCAAGAAAUUUAGGGUAGCCCGGAUCGGGAGGAAUUAAGCAAGAGAUUGAAGAGAGGAUGGCCGGGAUGCUGCCGGGAGUUGGGGUGCCAUCACGGAGGAGAUCGAUGCAUCUAAGUGAACGUCAGUCGGACCCUCGCAUCCAUCGCCACCCGUCGCUCGGACAGUGUCCACUGGAAUCAUCAGCCACGACCGCAGCCUCCUCCACGAUGGAUGAAACAGCUUUCAGAGCACGCCAACGGCUGGAGCAGAAGCUGGGAUGCUUUCGACAUUCCUCUUCGAGGUCAAGCAGUCCAGCAGAGCAAGGUAGAGGCUGCCACCACACUGCUCAUGCAAAGGAUGCUCGAUCAGGUUCAAAAAGACUAGGGAGACCGUGGCCCUUCCAACGCAACAUCAGGAAAGCGGAAAGGCAAGUAUGUGCGGUUUGCUUAGAAGAAUUUCAGGCAGAGCAGGACGUGAUGGGCCUUUCCUGUUCACACAAAUACCACUCAAAUUGUCUUCUUCCAUGGCUUGCCAAGCACCCACAUUGCCCCUGCUGCCGAAGCCCCGUCAAGUCAUGAUCUUACUCCGCAAUGUUGUUGAAUUUUGAUCCAUUUAUUAUUGGAGAAAGACUUUUAUUUGUAUUUGAUAGAUAAUGCUGGGAUUAUGAUAGGAUUGUAUCCUUUGGAGUUUAUUUCACUUGGGAGUUGAAGAACUGUGCAAUAUUUUUUGUCAAUACAAAUACAGAGAGUCAUAUGACAUAUUUUACCAGCA